UACGACGGCUAUUUAAAAAAUUAAAUAAAAAAAAUCAUGGCCAUGGCGGUCACCAUGCUGACGAAGAAGUGUCUUCCUUCACCUCACGAAGUGAAAGGAGGAGGAGGAGGAGGAGGAGGAGGAGAAGGAAACGGAAGAGUAGAAGGAGGAGUAGGAAAAAUUCGAGAAAGAGGAGGAAGAAGAAGAGGAGAAAGAGGAGGAGGAGGAAGAGGUGGAGGAGGAGGAGGAGGAGGAGAUAGAGGAGAAAGAGGAGGAGAAGAUGGAGGAGGAGGGGGAGGAGGAAGUGGAGAUGGAGGAGGAGGAGACAUCUCACUGAUCCCUAGCCAUGGCAGAUCCUUGGGAUUAGGGCCGGCUUGCGAGAGAACGACAGAGACAAAGAGCUGUACUCGGAGCUCAAACCGGACUGAAGAUGAUGCUUGUGGAGGCCAAUCACUUGAUGACGUUGCCCCUCCUGGGGAUGCUGGAGAUGAUUCCCCCCCGGGGGUGGUCGUAAUUGUUGUUGACGUCACAAGAGAUGACGGGGAGGACGAGGAGGAAGGAGGAGUGGUUGCGGUGCUUGGUUCGCGGGCAUCGCAGAAGAUGCUCCGCUGGUGGUUGUUGACGUCACAAAAUCCACCAGCGAUGCCACCAGAGUCGAAGCUUCCCGGUCUGAUUUCACCUUCGUAUACAGCAGCAGAGGACGAAGAGGCGGAGGACAAGUCGGACGUCAUCCUGCCGAUCGUGCAGCGUGCUGGGAUCGACAUGCGGCCGAGGUUGGAGACACCUCUGCGUUCGCAAGGGGACAAGGUGACAUUAAAGGCUCCAGUGAGCCAAUUGAAGCGCGUUAAGCGAAAUCCGCUGCUGAGUCUGGAGAGGGUCAGGAGAAGGAAAAGGUACCACGACGUUUUCGCAUCGUCCUUCUCGUACGCCGGCAUCCCACCGAUGCGCGACGUUGAGCACUCCAUCCAGCUUGUGUCUGACUAUCGUGUUCACCACCAGGCACCUUACAGAAUCUCGAUCCCCGAGACCACUGAACUCAAGCGUCAGCUUGAGGAGCUCCUGAGACUGGGCUUCAUUAAACCCAGCAACUCCCCGUGGGGUGCACCCGUCCUCUUUGCUCGCAAAGCGGAUGAAACUCUCCGCCUCUGCAUCGACUAUCAUGGUCUCAACCGCUACACGGUUAAGAACAACUAUCGCAUGCCUCGUUUCGAUGAGCUGUUCGACCGCCUAGCAGGCAAUCGCUUCUUUACGAAGAUUGAUCUUCAUAGCGGUUACCAUCAGAUCCGCGUCGCGGCAGCGGACCAGCCGAAGACAGCGUUCCGAUCUCGCUUCCGCCACUACAAGUUUACAGUGAUGUCAUUCGGCCUCACCAACGCACCCGCUACCUUCCAGAGGGCGAUGAACGACAUCUUCGGGGACAUCUUGGCGAAGUACGUUCUCGUCUAUCUCGACAAUAUCCUGGUCUACAGUCGUACCCUUGAGGAGCACCUCGGACACCUUCGCGACGUCCUUGACCGCUUGCGCCAACAUGGCUUCUAUGCCAAGCUGAGCAAGUGCCGCUUUACCCAACACAAAGUGGAUUUCUUAGGACACUAUGUGUCUGACCAGGGUCUCCACAUGGACGACGCGAAGAUCACUGCUAUUGCGGAGUGGCCCGUCCCCACAUCCGCCAAGCAGCUUCGCAGUUUUCUAAGCCUUAUCAGCUACUAUAGUAAUUUCAUCUAGGGAUACGCUAGGUGUUCCUACGUCCUUACCUCCGCCCUUCUCCGGAAGAACCCACCCUUUGACACCCCUCCACGAGGAUGCCUUUCGUGCC